AUGAUCAUUCUUGGCUCGCAAGGCGCUGUCAAGGUCUUUGAAAAGCCGCAAGUCAACGUGGGGGCGGGUCUCGACUUGACGGUCGGGCCCUAUGGUCGUGCGGCCGCGGCCGCCGCCGCCGUCGGGCCCGCCGGGCUCGGAGCCAACUAUAGUUACUCGCACAGCCGCGGCUUAUACGCGGGGAUUUCGCUCACGGGCACCAUCAUUGCGGCGCGCAAGGAUCUCAACACCAAGUUUUACGGCCGCGAAGUCGAGCCCGAGCUCAUCUUGAACGGCACGGUCGAGCAACCGAACGCGGCACGCCCGUUGUACGAGGCGCUGGAGCGAGCCAUGCAAGGUGUUGAAGAGCACAAGAUGCAAGAUGCGCGGCGGUCGGAGAUUAUGGGGAGCUGCCGGUCGUGCGGCUGCCCACGGUUUGUGCCGCACACGGCCCAGGUCUGGAACAAGAACUGCAAAACGUGCAAGCACAUUCAUUAA